AUGGAAUUUAAAAGUUCUUGUGGCUCUGCAAACUUAAAAAAAGUUAAAGAAGUCAAGGGAUUAUUUUUUAUUAUUUCAUUUAUAACUUUAGAGCUAAGAUCAUUAUUAUGGAGUUCUAAA